CGUCUGGUCCCCCGAGAAGGGUCUCAACACGGAGACAAAUUCAGCUAGGGUUGCCUGCUUUAAUAUAUAUUAGAUUAUGGAAGCACACAGUAGAUAUAAAAAGGUUUAAAUAUGGAAGUAAGCAUUUUCAUCCAUUAAAGCUGAAGUAGUUGAGGGAAAAGAAUGCUAACCCACUUUUGCAUUACUGUAAUGGAGGCCUUCCAGGCGCACCCUGGCCCGUGUCUCUAUCUCCUUCCGAGGCAGAGUUUGAACCAGAAGGGCGCCACCUAGCCGGCGCUGACAUAUGUAACAGUGCUCUUGGAGAGCUUUCCAACGGUCUCCGUCCCUCAUCCCUCGCUGCUUCCGUUAAAGAGAUAUAGCGCUUAACGAGGUGAAAAAUCCGAACAUUUGGCGCCCCCUACCUCCGGACAGAAAGGUCCUGCGGCUUUGCUUCGAAGACCGCGUGGCACUGCUCACGGAGACCUUUCCGACGAUGCCUGGCUUGUGGCUCUCCGACCUAGUGUGGCCGAGAUGGCUUCUCACACACACUUUAGCAGGAUGGCCUGAAAGGCCUCAAAUCCCACAGGCCUGGCUGCAGUCAAAAAGCCACUGGGCACCGAAACAUUGACUUUGAGAUACAAGCUUGGUUUUGACAUAUGUUACAGAGUUGUGCCAGUGGCUUUGGGAACAGCUCGUCCCAUGUCCCUGGCCCUUGGCAUUCCCAAGUGAUGGCCUUCCAAAGGCUAAAGGUCAAUACGUCCCUUUGGAAAUUUUUGCAUGCUAUAUCUGGGGCCUGUUCAGCUAUACAAUGAGAUAGAGACUUGCAGCCUUUUCGGUGUGAUUCCUGGCAUCCCUCCGAUGAAGUGUGUUGAUUUUGGUCCCGCUUGCCCCAUGGGAAGGACCUCCAAAGGGGUCCCAAAGUCAGAGGGGUUCGCCUGCUUUGUGUAGAUUAGAUUAUGGAAGCAUACAGUAGAUGGAAAUAUGGAAGUAAGCAUUUUCAUCCAUUAAAGCUGAAGUAGUUGAGGGAAAGCUCAAGUUCACUGUACCAUAAUGGGACUCAGACACAAACCCAGAGAGACCAAAGAGAAAACAGAGAAUCAAGUAAAACCACAGGGGAAAGGGGAAACAGCUGAAACAUAACCAUUGAUAUAAAAGCACAGAUCACAACUAAGAUAUUCCAAAUUCUCAUCUACAGCAUUGGCCAUAGACGAGAAUCUGGAAUUUCCAAAUUUUCAUCUAUGACCCAUGGCGUAGAUGAGAAUACCAAGAAGAGAGUUCCCAUAAUCCUUUGGCAUGACACAGAGGUUAUAGGUCAGUACCAGCCAUAUUGACGUGAGCUCCAUGAAUACUCCAUCGGCAUGGUACCCAUCCCCAGAUCAUUAUUCUUUAAAAUGCGUCCUCAAAGAACCCACAUCUCCAGGUUCAGGUUUUGGCGCUACUGCAUGAUAGUCUCAAUUUUGCUUUUGUCUUUACUACGCUCUCAUGGUCUCCAGAUACAUUUAAGCUCAAAGUCACCAAAAUUUGCAGCAGUGGGAGACACUGCAAAGCUCAGCUGUCACUUCAACCUUCAUCUCAAGGACUCAGGAGUUCUCGAUAUUGAAUGGCGCAUCAAGCCUGCAGAUAUUCUUCGAGAAGAAACACUUGUCAUCUGGUAUAGUGGAGAUCGGAUCUAUGACAACUAUAAUCCAUUCGGCCGUAGAGUUUGCUUUGUGUCUCCUGGUCCUGCCAGUGGCAAUGCGUCUAUAAACAUCAGUAACUUGAAAAUGACAGACACAAACACCUACCAGUGCAAGGUCAGAAAAGGUCCUGCAAUCAAGAGCAAAAUCAUUCACCUUAAUGCAAUGGAGAGACCAGCUAAGCUUGAGUGUUACGCAGAGGAUGCAGUUGAGUUGAAUCGCAAACUGGCAUUCAGAUGUAGGGCCGCAAAGGGAAGCCCCCCCAUCUGGUACUCAUGGUCCAUGAAGGGCACACGCAAGAGACUCCCCCACGAUGCCACUUUUGACCCCACACGAGGUGACCUGGUUUUAACAAACAGCAAGGAAAUUCUUUCUUCGGGGACCUUGGUCUGCACAGCUCAUAACCCUGUCGGUAUGAAGACAUGUCUGGUAGCACUCAGGUUGAACUCAACAGGUGGAAUAACUUCAGCAGCAGCCGCAGCAGCCGCAGUAGUCACAUUGCUCAUGGUCUUAAUCAUCCCCACAGCCGUCAUUAUUUUCAGACGUAAAAGAGGAAAGAAAAGGGAUUAUGGAAAUGAGAUCGCAGAGGAUGAACCGCCCCCCCGAAAAUGGCUGUCCAAAAAGAGUCACCGGGUUGUGUCUUCAAGCACUGCCUCAUGUGCAAGACAGGAACUCAAGGUCCAGAUGCAGGGGAACCAAAAACAAAAGAACUCAGAUGCUGCAGAUCACCCACGCUACGUGGAAAUGAAAGAUCUGGAUGUGGGCGGGGCGAUGUGGGAUCCCUUUAAGUGUCAUCAGCUGGUGAGAUAUUCCAGGAACCUCAGCUGCCAGGAUGAGUCACCUGCUGCUGGCACGAGAGACUUCCAGUGAGCAUUUUCCUGGUGGAAUCCUUUACAACCUUUUACAGGCCUCCACCACCAGGUAGCCACUUCCCCUGCUUCUCGGUCUCAGAACUUUUUUUCCACUGGCUAGCUCUUUUUUAGAUUCUGUUUGAUGGGUCCUGAUAUUCAAGUGUUUAGUUAUUUUCAGUUUCAGGAGGAAUCUUAAACCUUCAGGCAAAUCCUUAAUGUGGGGUUAAUGUUGUUUUUUAUGAAGAGGUUACCCCCUGGUCAAACUCUGCAGAAACCAUAGCCAUAGAGAAGAGUCUUUGUUUUCCAAAUUCGAUUUCUAGCAUUCAAUGUUGGUAACAUGUUCGGUAAAAUAAAUGUUUAUAGUAGAUAGUUA